GGUGUCAUGGCCACCGCGUUACCUCCGUCUGAAUUGGCUCGUUUCACAAAGGCACUGAGUCCUCCCUUGUGAUUUUAGUUCUUCGAGAAUAGAUGAGUUGGAAACUCGGCUUCCCCUUUCCCCAUGGCAGUCGCCCUAGUCACUUGCUCUACUCAAGGCGUUGGCCGUGCAAUCGCUCUGAGACUCGCUGAUGACGGAUUCGAUGUCGCUGUGAAUGACUUGACUUCGAGAGCUACCGUCCUCGAGGCACUCGUUUGUGAGAUAACUCUGAAGGGACGAAGGAGUUGUGCAGUUCUCGGGGACGCAUCAUCUGAGGCUGAUGUGCAAAAGAUGAUUUCCUCCACCGUAGAGGAGCUGGGUUCCUUGGAUGUCAUGGUCGCCAAUGCGGGUGUGUGUGUAACGAAAAGUAUAUUGUCCACGUCUUCCGAAGAAUGGAACCGGAUAGCUGCUAUCAACAGCCAUGAUACUUUCUUGUGCCAUAAGUACGCCGCGAAGCAGAUGCAGGAUCAAGGACGCGGGCUGAGGAUCAUUGGUGCGUCGUCUAUUGCAGGCAAAAGAGGGCCACCAAUUAGUGCUGCGUGCCGCUCUUCAAAGCUUUCGGCGCAUGACAUUGGCGGUAGGGAUGCUCGACUCACCUGUGCGCUUUCUUCGAGUCAAGCGCCCAAGUUCAGUCGGUAUGGUGUGACAAUCAAUGCGUAUGCCCCGGCUCCCACCGACACCGAAAUGCGUAAGAAAGUCGUGGGCAUCGGCAAGACUCUCACAGGAGAUUGGAAGAGGGCCCAUGAAAAGGAUAGGUCCGGCGCACCUGCUGAUAUAGCGAGUAUGGUGUCGUAUCUAGCUUCCAAAGAAGCCCAUUUUGCUGUGACAGGCCAUCUCAAUGUCAUGUACCAUUGCUACGAGACAAUCGUCUUCCUGAGUUUCCAGAUGUCAGUCAACGGGAGGUCAUGGUGCAAGUAAAAAAAUAGGGAUGCGCACCAAGUUGUAUUAGUUCGG